AUGGAGCCCUCCCAGGACCAUCGAGCCUCAAACCAGCUGCUUCCGGAAGGCAGCUCGGCGGGCAGAAGGCGGGAGGAGGAAGUCCAGUUCGACUGGUCACUUCUCAACAGCCAGUCGUCGGCACCUGACCAGGCACCUCUGGAUCUCUCGUACUCCAUAUAUCAAUAUUAUGCCCCUGAUCUAUAUGCUCAUCAACCACUGCCGUAUUUCGUACCUGUUUCUCAGUCAUCCACCAUCCCCGUCCAGCAGCCACCGCCACCGCCAUGGCUAUUCCCAAUGCCUAUAAACAGCAACGCGGGCGCACCUAGCAUGAAGUUUGAUCCUCCGGUGCAGGACGCAUUCUCGUAUCCUCAGCCCGUCGCCGGCACGACGAGCUCGGUGGUCAGUCCACCGCAGGAAUCGCCUACGGGGCGAAUCUGCAUGUACUGUGGGAGGACACAUACGAGGCCGGUGCGGUACCAAGCCUGUCAGAAUCGAUUCCUCGGGCUGAGGCCGUUUCCUUGUGACGGAGGUUGCGGUCGCAUCAGAUGUCCCGUGCAGUACGGCAUCGUUCCACAGCAGAGAAAGGCUGAGACAGCAUUGCCUCCCAGAGGAGGCAACCCACGUGCGAUGCAGACGAUGUGGACACCUGGGUUGGCGUCAGAACGUGAACCGGCAUGA